UGUAGAGGUGGGUAGGUCUAACACAGCACGCGCGGGUGGUGCCGAUGACCCGGUCGUAAAAUAAGGCCAAGAUUUAAGGCGUUUGUAUCCCUGCAUAGUGGGGUAUCAUCUUCGUCUGGGUCAAAUCAGAUCUCAGCUCUCAUCUACUUAGGUAUAAGGUUGAUGGUAAGCUUUAACUAAAAUAGCAGAUAACGGGGACGCUGGCACGCUGGAACCCAGCGCCUUGGGUACUUUCUCGAACGCCGAGAACCCCUGAAUUGUCGUAAUGUCGUGCUUCUGCAACGCGCUUUCAAGGAAAAUGUGAAAAAAAUAAUUAUUUGUCUAUCUUACCUUACCUAACAUACCAUCGUCGAGCAGAUGGGCUUCAUUCCUCGAAAUGCAUUUACAAUCGCGCUUUUCUGCGCUUUACAUGCGCUGGAAGCAACUACCUAAUCUUCACAAGGUCAUAGCGGUGUCUGGUCUGAUAUUAUUCUUGAUAGUCAUAUUCAUUCAACCGAAUCCAGCAGUCGCCCGCGAUGGAUGGAACCGACUCACACAUACUGGAAAUGGCCCUCUUGCAGGUGGAAUUCCUCUUCGCGUUAUGUUCAUAGGCGCUUCCAUGACCUUGGGCGAGCAUUCGACUGGUGAAUUGGGCUAUCGCAAGCAAAUCCGAGACUGGCUUGUUUCUAGGGGCAAUCCAGUCAACUACGUCGGCCAGAACCGAUUCGGUGAUUUCAAGGAUAACGACGUCCAGGCAUUCGGUGCCCAACCCAUUAAGCCGACCCUCGAUCGCCUAAAAGAAGUUGUGCCACAAACUCAACCGAAUCUGAUUUUGAUAAACGCCGGGUCGAGCGACUGUUUCCAGUUAGAUCACUGGGGACCAGCGUACGUGUUACAAGCUAUGCGCGACCUAGUUGAUUUCCUAUUCGAGGCAUCGCCACGAACCACCAUUAUCAUGUCGACAAUCAUCACGAGUCCAUGGGAGGGUACAGAAAAGUGCGUAAAAAGCUCCAACGCACAGAUACGCCAAGUCGCUAUCGACCUUAUCCGCGAAGGCAAGCCUGUGACGAUGGCAGAAAUGCAUUUUGAUCAGGGCCUACCGAAUCGUGUUUUGCGUGAGGAUAUUGGACCCGAUGAUAUGCACCCUACCGACAAGGGGUACUUCAAAAUGGGUGAUAUUUUCAUGGAGAAAAUUCUAGAAGUCGAGAAGAACGGCUGGUUGCAUCGUCCGGUAGACAACGGUGUCCCAGAAGACGGCGAUGCUGCUAGGGAUGCCGAAGAUGCGAUCAAGGCGCAAGAAGAAAAAAUGAAGGAGAAGGGAGGCGCAGAAAACUUGCCUCUACCUGGUAGGAGGCGAACGAGGAGAGACGGUUAAUAGGAGACAUGAGGUUGAUAAUAAAAAAUCUCAGUACAUGUACAUUACACCCUUUCCUCAACAAGAAAGAGUUCGCAUUAUCUGUCUAUCUACCUAGGUAUGUACUACGCUGAAGAUUUCCUUUCGGCUGUUACGAUUAGAGGUAUUCUGUAUCAAGACUAUGUCAUCACUCACGAUACUAUAAUCUUCUAGCCAUCCUUAGCUUCGGGCUUUACUGAAACUAGGUAAUUUUGAGGCUGCCUACUUAUUCCACUAUCAUGAAAAUGCUUAGCACCCUCUCCCC